CUUCCAGGCUGUGCAGCCCCCUUCACCAAGGAUUUGCCUACCCCACCAACUCUAGAGGGGGCACAUUUGCUUCCCCCAACUCAGUGACCCUCCCAUCAUCCCCUACAUGGAGGAGCUGGGGGGGCUAAACCUGGGCCUGGCCCCUUUGCAGGUCACCAACGCUGAGGGGUCCGGCAUCAUGUUUGGCUCGUCCCGAGGAGGAGUGCGAGGGGGCCAGGACCAGUUCAGCUGGGAGGAUGUCAAGACAGACAAACAGCGUGAAAACUACCUGGGGAACUCCUUGAUGGCGCCGGUGGGCCGGUGGCAGAAGGGGAAGGACCUGACAUGGUACGCUAAGGGCAAGAAGGACACAGCCCCUGCACUGUCCCGUGAGGAAGAGCUGGCUGCCGUCCGCCUGGCCGAGCAGGAGGCCAUGCUGGCAGCCCUGGGCUACAAGAACCUCAAGAGGCAGCCCACCGGGCUCAGCAGGGAGGACCUGGCGGAGGUGUGCAAGCGGGAUGGCACUGAGCGGGAUGAGAAGAACGUGGACCGGGUGGUGGGCUUGGGCAGCUCCAGCGGCAGUGCUGGCCGGAUAAUGCUCUCCAAGGAGGACAAGGAGGCUGCCAAGAUGGGGCUUUCUAUCUUCACGCACCAGAAAGUCUCCAGCAGCCCCGAGAUGCCUGUCUCCAAGAAAAAGCAGGAGAAGGAAGAGAAGGUGGAGGAGAAACGACCAGAAGGGAGCAAGAAAUCCAAAAAGGAGAAAAAAAAAAAGAAAAAGAAGAAACAUAAGAAGGAAAAGAAGAAGGAUAAGCAUCACAAGAGGGAUGCUGCCUCAUCGUCCUCAGAGUCUUCUUCGGACGAAGAUGACAGGCACCACCGAAGGAAGACCCAGCAGCACCCUGAGCCAUCACGGCACAGCGGCCGGCAUCGACACAACACAGAUUCCUCCAGCAGCAGCAGGGAUUCCAGCAGGAGCCCCUCGCACCACCCUGCUCGUCAGCGAAGCCGGAGCAGGGAUGGGCAUGGCCGGCACCCAUCCCCACGGCGCAAGGGGAGGAAGAGGAGCAGGAGCCGGUCCCCUCCUUCCCGUGGGGCCAGGCAGCGCCACAACACCAGUUUGGACUGAGAGGAAGCUUGGGGGUUGUUUUCCAGGGAGAGCUCACAGAGACUGUCUAUUUUAUAAGGUUAUUAAAUUAAAGAAGCCACAGCUUUGCUGUUGCUGGGGCUGAGCCCAGCAAAGCACGGUGUGUGGUGCAAUGGCAGCUGCCCCUUCCCUGCCCACAGCCCCUGCCUUCAACAUGGGACAGCCCCACCAGUGGUGGGGGGCAGCAGGG